AAACAACAAAAAACAGUUGAAAAUCUAAAUGGGUCCCCCCCCCCCCAACAAUUGAAACAUUGUCCACAUCAAAUUGUCCAUGAAACCAAAAGCAAUGCUAAAGGGGACACACUGAGAUAGUGUAAUACACUGAGUGUGUAGGGCAGACAGCAGAGUGCGGUUUUUUUAUUAUUCGCUAGCGAUCGCAGCAGCUCUUGCAAGUUACCUUUUAAAAGAGACCUGGAGGCGCAAUCUACGUGGAACUACCUCCCACAAGUUCUAAAGGCUGGGUGCGGUCGGUUUUACACCGGGCGAAAGCCAAAACUCACGGCAAGUGGCAAUCCAGUGGAAGAGAAAUGGCAAACGGAGAACAACAACAGCGAAAACAAAAUGGCAAUCAUCACAAUGUUCACCAGACGCUGCUCGAUCCAUCAUUGGACUGACGUAGGGGACACGGUGCUGCGUGUUGAAAAGAUGGGAGCGGCCGGCAUAUUAAAGCGACAUGCAACCGACGCGGAAUUAGUGCUACGUCAUGCGCAUCUAUACAACACACACACACACAUGCUGGACGAGGAAAUCUUUUCGAUCGUUUUCAAAAAAAAAUAAAAAUAAAAAUUCUUCGUUGGUGAUCUUCAUCUAUUCUACCAACGGCUUUCCAGUUUGAUUUGACCGUUCGGAAGAAAACAAGUUCAAUCACCCGAAAGCACAGCGAUGUUGUUGUUGCAACAGGGUAUAACAACUCAGCUGGAGUACAUAUAACUGUCAGUGGGGGCGCGAGGAUGGAUAGAGAUCAACAGAGCACAUCGAAUAACCGACAUGUUUCGAAUUCGCUAUCCAUAGCGGUCUAGACUCUUCGUCAUUAUUGUGCUUGAUGACGCAAUGUUGUUUGCUGCGAGAAAAAAAAUCUUUUGAUUGAUCCGCACGAUCCAUCAGCCAGUCAGCCAGGCCUGGGCGCAUAAGAAAUCUGUUUUAAUCAAAAGGACACACCGUUAAAAGCGCAACAACACAAUCGCUUUUGGGAUUUAUAAUGAAUGUUUGGAACGCAUGAGUUCAUUCGCAACCGCUUGGAAAUUAAGCUGCUUUCUUAUCUGAGUGAACAAGAAGAAGAAACUCUAACCUACAUGUUCUGUUUCCUAUACAAUUGUGGGAGGGGGAAGGGGAGGAACGGUGAUGAUAUGACAGGUCUCGCUACACGCAAAAAAUGUAUCAAAUUGCGCUGAAGAAAAUUGGGAUGCUAUUCGGACAUCUAGUGGUGAUAAAAAGAACUAGAAAGAAGAUCUUUUAAAAAGCAGACGUCUUUACCAACAAUUCCGCCAGUCACUCUUGCUUUCAAGUUAGUCUCAUCAACAACCGAACUUCAAAGUAUCAUCUAGAAAAUGUUCGUUUUCUUGAAGGACAAGUCGAUCGAAUGGUCUUCUCUACAAGACUACACCUUCAUUCUGCCAGCAGUUUCUGUCGGGAAUAUUGGCCAGCUUUCGGUGGACUUGCUCAUCAGCUCGCUGCGCUGCGACAAGCUUGCUAAGGUAGAUCAUCCCAUAUUUGUGCCUGUAGUUGGUAGCGAUCCAUAUGAUGACAUUCGUGAGCAAGGCCUCAUGACGGCAGCAGAACUGUACAUCAGCAAAGAGAAGAAAUUGGUGAUUUUACAAAUACGUGGACUUCUCAUCAAGGAAUUCUGUGCCGAUUUUUUGGCCAAGCUAGUGGACUGGAUGAAGAAAUGCUCCUUUACCAAGACUAUUCUUUUGUCCAGCCUGUACAAUUACGAACGAGUUGAUUCUCAACUUACCGGCUCGCCUUUUCGUUAUACGAUCACUUCCUCUGUGAAGUCGACAGUUGAAGAGGAAUUAAAAAAUUUGCAGUGGUCUGCCUUAGAAACUCGCCGUUCGGUUUGGAAAGAGGGAACCGAAGAAAUUCUUUUCUUCCCCGGUGGGGGAUAUACGAACAUGCUGAAUAAAUUAUGUGGCAAAAUGAACAUUCCAUUGGUAACUCUUCUUAUAUUUUGCGCCGAGGGCGACAACAUACCAGGAGUCUUGCUGAUAACUGGUCAUCUAAAUCGAUGGCUGAAUUUUGUACCAAUGGCCAACGAUACUCCGGGCUGGAAGUUUCCUGCUUCUUGGAAAUUAUUCUUUGGUGCUCCACCACCCUUGACCAUGUAUUGAUGAAACCUUAAAUAACCACAAGGCAAAAGGAGUAAAACAAUAAAAAGAUGCAAUUGGCGGGGAAA